AACAAUUCAUCUCUUCAAAGCAACCGCGUUCUACUUCUAUCUAUGUUUCCUUUUCCUAAUUUAUUUCACCCAAAUUAAUACUAACCAUAUCAAAACAUAUAAACGCGUUUAUUCUUACGUACAUAAUAAUACAAAAGAAAAUUUGUCCCAAAAAAUAAAGUAAAAAUAACACGCUCUGAGUCACACAAAAAGUCAUUCAUUAGUUCUCACCUUAAAAUCUAUUAAACCCCUAUAAAUACCACACUUUGCAUUUCCAACCUUCCAUUCCCAAACCAACCAUUCUUCUACCUCUCUGAUUUUAUUUUAUUUUUGUUUAUUAUUAUUAUUAUCUCUGUUCAUCUUUUGAGUUCUUGAGUUUUUGAAUUUUUCAUUCCCUCCAUCAUGUCAGACAAAGCUCAUCUGAAUGGGGCCUAUUACGGCCCAUCAAUUCCACCACCGAGCAAGCCCAAAAGAUCAUUCAACAGGCCCGGACGCGGCGUCAGUGACUUCUGUUGCUGUGGCUGUAUCUUUAGCCUAAUCUUCAAACUAAUCUUCUCAAUUAUAAUCACAGUGGGUAUCGCCGCCUUAAUCAUCUGGCUCAUUUUCCGUCCUAACCAAAUCAAAUUCCACGUCACAGACGCUAAACUCACCCAAUUCAAUCUCACAGACAGUACCACCAACAACCUCCGCUACAAUCUGGCCCUCAACAUCACAAUCCGUAACCCUAACAAGAGAAUCGGUGUUUACUACGAUCGUAUUGAGGCAAGAGCUUUCUACGAAGGACAGAGAUUCAGUUCGAUUCAGCUUGAGAAAUUCUACCAGGGACAUAAGAACACCUCUGUUCUUAGCCCUGUUUUCAAUAGUCAAAAUUUGAUUGUGCUUAACGCUGAGGAACUUGCUGAGUUUAACCAAGAAAAAAGUUCAGGAACUUACUCCAUUGAUGUGAAGCUUUAUCUUAGGGUUAGAUUCAAGUUUGGUGUGAUUAAGACUUGGCGUUUCAAGCCCAGAAUUGAGUGUGAUUUGAAGGUUCCUCUUAGUGCUGCUGAUGGAAAGUCCACCGUUGGACUUGGUGCAUUCCAGAGAACCAAGUGCGAUCUUGAUCUUUGAUUCAUUCAUCGCUUCUUUCACGAGUCUCUGAUUUUUUUUUUUUGUUUUCUGAUCACAUUUGUUAUUAUUACUAUUAUUAUUCUUUCCUUUUUUUUUUUACAUAAUAGAGACCUGGUUUUUUAAUUCUAGCAUUCCUUUUUCCUUUUUUGUAUGUUGGGUUUUGAUUUUGUUAUUAUAUUGUUUGAUGUGAAUAAAUAAUAAAAAAAAUUUAUUUUUAUUUUAGUUA